AUGAAUUCUCGAGCAACUUCCAACGCGAUCGCAAAAAGUCCCGCGCAAUCUCCUGUUCCAGAGUCUCCAGAGACGCAGACGGCCGCAGGCACGAAACGAAAGCGGGGCACAGAGCCCAAGUUCUACGCCGUUAAAGAUGGAUUCCACCCUGGCAUAUAUAACACGUGGAGUGAAUGCUUUGCUCAGGUAAAAGGGUACAAGGGUGCUGUUUUUCAAUCAUUUCCCUCCAUUGCAGAAGCCAAUUCCUUCCUGGCAGGCAACUCUGCACCAGUCUCAGAGAACCCAACAACGGCCCAUGCCAAAUAUUACGGCGUACAGCGUGGAAGGCAGCCCGGCGUGUAUACCGAUUGGGCAGUAGCUCAAGAUCAGAUCAAAGGCUUCCGUGGACCCAAAUACCGCAAAUUCUCCACCUGGGCUGAAGCAGAUGAGUUUGUCCGGCUAGGUCGAGGCCAAGAUGGAGCCAGUGUGAAUAAGCCCCUCCGCGGCGCGCCGGGAAUGACGGCCGAGCCGCCUAAAGAUGAACAAGGAAACGAACUCCCCGCAGGUCUGGGGCCAUUGCCCGCUGGCGCGGAGGAUGGCUUUGAUCCGAACGUGUUACUAAAUCCAACUACUGGGCAGCUAGUGUACAAAACAGCUAGCCAGAAAGCUGCGACGAAAUUGCAGCCGAAGCAAGAAAUACCCAACAUGCUGAACAUUUACACAGAUGGUAGCGCGCUAGGCAAUGGCAAGUCCGUGGCCAAAGCGGGUGUCGGAGUGUACUUCGGCCCAGGAGAUGAGAGAAAUGUUUCCGAGCCCCUGAAAGGCUCCCGCCAGACCAACCAACGAGCGGAGCUGACAGCUAUAUCCCGUGCCUUGGACAUUGCGCCCCGUCAUCGUGACGUUACCAUAUUUACAGACAGCAAGUAUGCCAUCGAUUGCGUGACAGUCUGGUGUUUGAAAUGGCAGCGAAAUAAGUGGAUGACGAAGGAUAAUAAACCUGUUGAAAACAAAGACCUUAUCCAAGCAAUUAUUGCUAAAAUUGAAGAACGCACACUGUUACGUGUGAAGACGCUGUUUGAGUGGGUAAAGGGACAUAAUAAAGAUGCAGGGAAUGAGGCUGCUGAUCGACUAGCCGUGCGAGGGGCGAGAACCGCUCUACAAGCAAUGAAUGACCAUCUUUCUGUGGGAGAUGGAAAGGAAUCAGGGGAAAACGAGGAGGAAAAAGGAGAAGAAGAAGAGGACGAAUUAUGA